CAUCCACUUUACGAGCUCCUCCUAAAGAAACUCGAACCCAUUACAACUCUAGAUAAGGUUGAAAAAGAAGAAAUAAUCUUUUUAAGACGACUUCGAAGAAGCAGUAUGGCCAUCUGUACCUAAUCAUAUUCAAGAGAAUAGUUGUUAUCAAGACUUGAGCAUUGGACGACUAUUAUACGAGCAGCAACGACGGAAUACGACGUUCACGACUUACUUUUGAAUUCGUUCUAGAGUUCAACACACGAGGCGGCACCUUGCUCACCUCUGCGUACACGACGAUCGGCCCAGGAACCAAAGCUAGAGGCCGUUUAACUUUGUUCGUCGCUAGCCUACACCCAAGACGCAGGCGGCCACGCUCUUCUACGUACAGUAUACCACUACCUGCUUCUCUUCACACCGCCGACCUCCAUGGUCGACUCUCCCCAUAGCGUGACUCUGUAUCCAACCAUGACAGGCUUCAAUGGUCGCUACACCUAUACCGGUCCCUACUACGGCCACUACACUGGAUCUGCCUACGGCUUUGGCCCCGAUUCCGCCAAAGCGUUCGGCCAAGAGGACACCGCGAACGGCAACGCUGCGCGACGAGGCGCGAGUUACUUCUUCGGGUUCCUGAUCACCUUUGUGGUUUUGUUGCUCAUGUUUGUCUGCUGUGCGAUUGCAUCGAGGAGGAGGUACCUUUCGAGACAGCGGCAGAGGCGGAUGGACUCGUUGAUCGAGGGUUCUGGGUUUACUGGUGGAGGGCAUAGGUUUAUGGGCUUUGGAGGGCUUUUGGGGAUGAACCGCGAUUUGGAUGUAGGCGCGGCGGAGGGAGGUGGAGAGAAGGAGAAGCCGAAGUUUCAUGAAGUGCAGUUGCUGGGUGUUCAAGCCACCGGAGAGAGUCCAGUUGGGCAGUCCAAAUUCUUGAAGGGUGACAGGACCCCGGAAGAGAAGUGGGGAAACACCGUCAUCUUUGACGCGCAGGGAAACGGACAUAGUAGGAAGGGAUCUAACUGGAGCUGGACGAGCAUUACCCCUCUUUCAGCCUCGAUGAUCCGAGCCCCCAAAGAUCUUCAACCCUACGACCACUUUGAAACUGCUCUCUCCUCUACUGCUACCGACACCGGACCCCCUCCAUCCUACUGGGCACGCUAUCCCACUACUGGUUAUGUCACUUCGAGCGCUACACCCACCCCAUCCCACGAGGAUUACGAAGACGAAAAUCGAGGCUGGUUCUCGCGAUUCUUUUCCAAACGCGGGCGUCUCGGUAGUCCAACAGCCGUUUCCUCGGAAUCUACUGGUUACCCUCUGUCCCCCAUCUCUCGAGCCAGCAGCGAGCCAUUCAUUCAGAGAGAUCGUUCACUUCGCACCGGAUCAGGCGUGGACUUGGAGAAGGGAGUUGUGUCGCCGGCAACGGACCAUGUCGUUAGUGGUGAGGAGAAGCGCAUGGAAGUCGCGGUUAUAGUUGCGAUGCCGAGUGGAGUGAACAAGAUUAAGAGGAAGCCGCCUCCUAGUCCUGAAUACCAGAUUGGAGGCUUUUUGGAAGGAGAAAGCCAAGCCCCUAACUCCAUGGCAGAUCGCCGUUAUCUAAUCGCACAGCCACAUCGCCAUGCUAAUCCUCGCCAAGCUUCCGCUUUCUUUCCCUCUUUCCGCGACGACCAUGUCGCACCCAGCUCAACAUGCAGUUCGACUGAACAGGUCGUCUCAGCUUCUUCAAUGGGUAGAUAUGAGCUCAGUCGCGCAUUUAAGCUCCUCAUGACCAGGAAUUCUACCGAAAUGCCUCAUUGGUCGUGA